GUCGCCUAGUGGAGCAGCAGCAGCAACAGCAGCACAAACCUGAACCUCAGAACCUCCCUCACAUCACACAGAUCCACCAACACGCUCCGGAUCCACCCGACUGGACUUUACACUCCCGCACAUCAGAUCGGAUCAGAUCGGGACAAAUCGGAACACAUCGGAUUAGAUCGGAACGGAUCGGAUUCGCUCGUAUUUCUGCGUAACUUCUCCGACUUGCGGCUCUUUCCUGCGCAAUAGAGACGCAAAAUGUGAAAGUGCGCGUGACUUCCACUCGGGACCGAAAGGUUGAGACUCGGCUACACCUCGCUGGAUUUGGGAUAAAAGCAUCAUCGUAACCAUGACGAUUUUGGUUUUGGCGUUGUGGAGGAUGAGCACGGCACUGGGUUUCUUCUCUGGAGUUCAGGGGGCAUCGAGCGCGUCUCAGAGUGCGUACUUCCUCCCCGAAUUCGCUCUGUCUCCGCAGGGAAGCUUCUCGGAGGACACGACCGGAGAGCAGUACCUCACCUACCGCUACGACGACCAGGCAUCGAGGACCACGCGCUCCGACGAGGACGGGGACCCCGGAUGGGACGCCUGGGGGACGUGGAGCGACUGUUCUCGGACCUGCGGCGGAGGGGCAUCGUACUCACUGCGCCGGUGUCUGGACGGCGGGAACUGUGAGGGACGGAACAUCCGCUACAGGACCUGCAGCAACACCGAUUGCCCAGCUGAGUCGGGUGACUUUAGAGCUCAGCAAUGCUCCGCCCACAACGACAUCAGGUACCAGGGUCAGACGUACGAGUGGGUCCCGAACUACGACCCGGUGUCGCCCUGCGCCCUGAAGUGCCAGGCUCGAGGGCGGCCCCUGAUCGUGGAGCUGGCCCCCAAGGUUCUGGACGGGACACGGUGUAAAGCCGACUCGCUGGACAUGUGCAUCAACGGCGUGUGUCAGGGCGUCGGCUGCGAUCGUCAGUUGGGCAGCGACACUAAACCUGAUAACUGUGGUGUGUGUGGAGGAGACGGAUCGAGCUGCAGGAUGAUCCGCGGCCAAAUACACACACACCUCACUCCAGAGGAACCUCUGAAGACGGUGGUAGAAGUUCCUCUGGGAAGCCGCGGCCUGAGACUCACCGCCAAGGGUCCCGACGUCAUCGUGAUCGAUGCCAACACCCUGACCGGCAGGAGAGAGGAGCUGGUGCUGGGUUCCUCAGGUUCCUAUAACCUGACCAACAGCACCGUGGAGUAUCAGAGAGGAAGAGAAGGCGAGAGACAGACGCUACGCUGCCACGGACCGAUCGCCGCCGACUUUACCAUCAAGUUGAGGUUCGGAGCUCCGAGGGACACGACGGUGCAGUUCAUGUUCUACCAGCCGAUUCGGUAUCAGUGGAGAGAGACCGAGUUCUUCCCCUGCUCCGUCACCUGUGGAGGAGGUUACCAGUUAAACUCGGCCGACUGUGUGGAGGUCCGACACAACCGAACCGUCUCAGAUCAGCUCUGUCACGCCUACCCCGAGAACUCCAAACCCAAACCCAAACUCAAGGAGUGCAGCAUGGAACCCUGUCCUGAGAGUGACGGAUUUAAGGAGGUGAUGCCGUACGAUCAUUUCCAGCCUCUCCCACGCUGGGAGCAGAACCCCUGGACGUCGUGUUCAGUAUCGUGUGCUGGAGGGACGCAGCAGCGCAGUGUGGUGUGUGUGGAGGAGAACAUGCUGGGUCUGAUUGCUCAGGUGGAGGAGUGGAAGUGCACACACUCCCCCCGACCCUCCACCCAACAGAACUGCAACACCCACCAGUGCCCCGAGUGGGUGGCAAUGGAGUGGUCUCAGUGUACGGUCACGUGUGGGCGGGGUUUACGUUACCGUGUGGUGGUGUGUAUGGACCAGCAGGGUCAGCAUACGGGUGGGUGCAGCACCGAAUUCAAACCCCACGUCAAGGAGGAGUGUGUGGUACCUGUCGCCUGCCACAAACCAAGAGAGAACGUUCCUGUAGAAGCUAAACUCCCGUGGCUAAAACAAGCUCAGGAACUGGAGGAGACCAGAGUGACCAGCGAGGAACCAUCGUAA